AUGAAUCAUGCGAAUUGUUCAAGAACUCAAUGGGAAUGUAAUCGAAGUUGUCGAAUACAAUUUGUAAAUACUAUAACGGGUUUAUGUCGUCGACCUUCUCCGCACGAUACUUGUUUUGGUAUUCCAAUUAAAUAUAAUUAUACGGAGCCAAUUUAUACGUCAUAUUUGUCGAAUUAUGAAAUUCUUAGUCGAUUUCCCAGGUGUUGGUCUUCUCUUGGUCCAUUGAUGUGCGCUAUCACUUAUCGACCUUGUGCAAAUCGUUCAUAUUUUGAAUUGACUAUGGCAAAACCCGGCAAGAUGGAGAUGUGGCAGGUUUUUCGACAAAGUGAUUGCAUCCGAGCGAGAGAAAACUGUGCAUUUAUUAUUCAACUCGGUUUGUGGCCGGACUUCCUUAAUUGUUCUCACACCAUAGAAAAUAAUAAAGCACAUCUAUUUUCGGAUUCUUCUUGUAAAAUGCCAUACAAUAAAGAACCCUCUAGAAUGGAGAGUAAACAAUGUUUAUGGCCUCUGAUUUGGAGUGCUGAUGAUGAUAAUAGUGGUUCUCGGCCGAUUAUUGAUAAAUGUUAUCUACCUUGCCGAUCACCAUUACUCAGUUCAAGUUGGUUGCAUAGUCAGUUCAAAUUGUCAUUAUUUAUUUGCUCUUCUUUUAUGUCGUUAAUUUGCAUAUUAACAUUCAUUUACAUAGCAUUCUUCUCUCAUCUUUGGAUAAUAAAUCUUUGUGUUUAUGCAAUCGGCAAUGCAUUGUUUUGUGCUUUUAUGCAUUGGGUGCUGUGGAUAACUGGAUUUUUCAAUGGAUUUGCACAAAAUGCAAUGUGCUAUGAAGAAUUCAGGAAGGAUAUUUAUAUGAGAUCCAGGAUAUUAAUGGAGUGGUGCUUAAUUCAGUCAUGGUUGAUGCACUGUUUUAUUUUGUCGGGGUUUUUUUGGAUACUUUUACUUAUUGCUCUUCGCAUAAGAAAACCCGUUAUAUCCGGUGAUCAUCUUAUUAAGAUAGAUGAACAUACUGCAAUCAGUUAUCGUUGCAUUUUUCUAUUUAUAUAUUUGUUAGCCGGAUUAUUCGCCACUUUUGCUGUGUGGAUGAAUGCACCUGAAUCUGAUGGAAUAAGCGGUGUCUGCUAUGUUGGAUUGAAAAAUUUCAAAAAAGGAUUCUAUAUAUAUUUCCCAAUUCUUAUUGCAUUUAUUAUCGCCAUUUUUAUUCCUUUCCUUUGUUCUUGUCGUAAAGGAGAGACUAAACUAGAAUCGGAAUUAACUUGUACGACAGGGCUAAUAUCCGAAAAUAAUUCAUCAGCAGCACAGAAAUUAUCCUCGGCCAAAUCUGAACUGAUUACUGGUUCAAAAACAGGCAUCAUAUGCUUUUCCAUUUGCUUAGCAAUUUCGCUUUCAUCAAUAACGCAUUUCACACUCAGCAUGGAUGAAAAGGACGAAAAUCAUCUCAUUUUGCAGUCAAUUAAUUGUUCUUUAAAUAAAACAAUUAUGGAGGAUGAACACGAAUGGUUUAAAAAGUUAGAGCAAAGCGACAGUUUGGUUCUAGAUGCUCUGGAACGUCGUCAAAAAAUUAGCGAUGGGUGCACUUUUUUGAUGAUUGAGAAUGUCGGAAAUCACUCUUUACAUGCACCUGGAUGUGCAUUACCAAUGAUAAAUGAUGGUCGUCUUCUGUUAAUUCUACUUACUUUUAUUGUUUUCCCUGCUCUUCCUUUCCUUGUUUUAAUUGCUUUUGUUCUAUCUGGCUUCUGUGGUUAUGGAUUAAAAGGAAUUAAUCAUAUCCGAAAAAAUCUGAAUCCUUUCGUUUUGGACAGUUUAUCAGAAAGUGGCGAUAAAGGAAGCAAUACCACGUUUGAAUAUGCGUCAGAUUUACAAAAGCGUAGCUCAUCGGCAACGGAAAUCAAUCGAUGUUGUCGUCUUAGUUCGUUUGGUAGCCAACCUCAUAGUGAACCCAAUGUAAAGCGAUCAAAGCGCAAUAGAAGCCGAAAAUUGAAUCUGUUGGAACGUUAUGCCCAAGAGAAAAAACAAUAUGGAAAUAUUACCCAUUCUAUGUCCAAUACACAGAGUUCUCAACCACAUUCCAAUUAUCAGAUGUUAAAUUCAUCAGAUAUUUGUGACUGGUUUCACUGCAAACCUCAAAUAGACAGUGAAUUGCAAAGUUUAUAUUCAUGUGGCUUUGAUGGCAAUCUUUCUGGUUUGAAUUUAACAGGCACUAGCAGUCAAAUGAAAACUUUAUCAGAUCCUGUUGAUUGGAAACGAUUUCAGUCAUCAGCUGUGUUAUUAGCUUAUCAAAAAGGUCUCUUGGAAGGACAUUGGCAGGAACGUUGUAACCAAUAUAUGGGACAAAUUGCAACAUUAACGGAAAAUCUUAAAUUAGCAGAUGAGGAAUUGCAACGGCUUACUACAUUAUUUUGUAACAAGAAGUCUGGUACUAUUGAGGCGGAAUCGCAGACAUCUGUUUCCGCAUAUAUUUGUUCUGAAAGCGGUAAUAGUUCUACUAUGACGAAACACCACCAUUCCAAAAAAUCCGAAGCCAUGGAUUAUAUCGAUGGUUCUACAGUUGAUGAUUUAAAUCGAGUGCGAAGUGGCUCAACAAAAGAUUGCAGCACUGAAGUUGGGUCUACUCGGGAAAAUUCUUUAGUUGAGGAAUCUGAAAAUAGUAACACGUUUUUAUCUGAUGAAGAGGAUUCUGAAGAAGAAAAGCUUUUUUUACAAACAAUUCAGAAGCGUGGAAAAGUAGAAAGUGGAAUAGAAUAUGGUAUAUCACAAUCGUGUUCCACUUCAUCUAAAGAUAACACGCCAUCGGAAUCAACAUUCUCCAUCGUGAAAAGCGGAACAUCAUCGUUUAGCAGUCCAAAACAUAUUGCUCAACAAUUAUCACUGACUCCUGAUCAGCAAAGGCAGUUGACUGAAUUAAGGCGUUCAGUAACAGCAAGUGAUAUGCUUCAUUUGAGCGAUCAUUUUCGCUUAUUAGCGCAACGCAUUCGUAAUCAAGAUAUGAUUUCAAGUCGCACGAAAAAUAGGCCUUUAACUAUCGAGGAAGCUGGUGAAGAGAAUGAUGAAUCUGAAUAA